UUUCUGAAAAAAGUGAAGGGCCACGCAGGCUACCAUGGAUGCGAAAAGUGCAUUCAGGAUGGUGUGCACCUGGAGAACAGGAUGACAUUCCCUAGAAAUGACAUGCCUCUUAGAAAUAAUGUCAACUUCAGAAAUAAGACUGAUCCAGAUCACCACCAUGGCAUCUCACCUCUAGAAGAAACAUCCUUGGAUAUGGUCUCUGGAUUCCCCCUUGAUUACAUGCACCUUGUGUGCCUUGGUGUCAUGAGGCGGCUUCUCCACUUGUGGCUUCGACUGGGUGCUCUAACUUGCAGGCUGUCAGGAUUUCAAGCCACUGUGCUGACAGAAAGGUUGGUUGGUGCCAAAAAAAAUGUGCCUAUGGAAUUUGCGCGCAAACCGAGGGCAGUGAGGGAAAUAGAUCGAUGGAAGGCGACAGAGUUUAGACAGUUUUUAUUGUACACAGGCCCUGUUAUGCUGAAAGACCUACUCAGCACGGAGGUGUACCAAAAACUUCCUGCUGUUUUUUGUGGGAAUCUUCAUCUUGUGCAAUAACAGCCUAAUUGGUGAUCACAUCGACUAUGCCAAUGAUAUUCUGCGACUUUUUGUCACACACUUUGGACAGCUAUAUGGCCCCAAAUUCCUGUCCUACAAUGUCCACUGUCUUGUACAUCUUGCAGAAGAUGCAAAACACCAUGGUGUCCUCGACAACUUCAGUGCUUUCCAGUACGAGGAUCACCUUAACAAGCUGAAGAGACUCCUGCGGAAACCUACAUGUCCACUGAGUCAAAUUGUGAGAAGGUUCUCAGAAAUGCAAAGCUGCAGCAAAAAAAAGGAGAAAAACAACCCACCACUGCUCAGAAAACAACACACGGCUGGCCCUCUACCUGAAUGUUUUCAUGGAUCUUCACAGUACAAAGAAAUAAAAACAUGCUCUUACACUCUUAAACUGGACCAGGCCAACAGUUUUGUUUACAUAGAUGGGAAAGUUGCAAAGUUGCAAAAUAUAAUUUCAGCGAGGGAUGACAUUUACGAACCUUUUUUUGAUUAUCCCCUUCCAUCCUCAGAACUUGGUAUUCAUCUAGUUGAUGGCAUCUCAGGACCAACACAUUUCUGCAAGUUUGAGAACAUUGAGGCGAAAGCUUUCUUAGUUCCUUAUAACCGUAAUUUUGUUUCAGUCCCUCUUUUACACACACACUAAUUUUUUUUAUUUUUUAUUUUUUUUUUUUUUGGACUUGCUACUUUUAUUUUGGGUAACUGAAUCAUGCAUAUGAAAAACUGAAAUGUAAUAAGAAUUGUUACACUUUAUGGGGCUUUAGGUUGUUGCAGCUAAAAUAAAGAAAAAAACAACAACAAAAAGAACAUGUACCUGAUAGUGGAGUUCGUCGGAGAAGGGAGUACUGGUCCUGUAGCAAAGUCCUGGUACUCAGAUGGCCACUCAUGGUGGCCUCCAUACAAAGACUUGGACCGGUUACUAAAGAGCGUCAGGUCGAUGGAGGCACCACAGCCAGAUAAGGGUUGGACCAAGCAUCAGGCCAGAAUUCUACAUGAGUCGGCAUCAUUUGACAACAUUUCCAAAAAAUGGAAAAGGGCAUGCUACACUUCUGACAUCUCAGAAUCUGAAAAUUCUAUAAAAAGAAUUCACAAAAAGAAAACAUUCUCAUCAGAUGAUGAGCUUCAUGAUACCCCCAACAAAAAAAUGAAGAUUAAUAGAAAGAAAGCUCCACCUACACCAAAAAUCCAGCCCGCACCAAAAGUUCCGCCUGCACCAAAAGCUCCAGCACCUCUAAAACACAUCAAGACAAAAGGUCCUGUUGUACGACCUCUGCUUACAAGAAGCAAAGCAGUGAACUCUUUCAGCAAUUCACUUGUUAGUCACCACCAAAGGGCCAUGGAGAAGCCACAGCAGGCACGUUUUGAGACUUUCCCCAGCUGUCAAGCUCCAGAUAUUCACAUGAGCUUCUCCCAGGCAGAUGAGCCACAAGAUACUUGGGGUGAACACUUAUCUGACAUUCAAGGUAAAAAAAUCCAAAGCAUUAAUUAG